AAUAAUUUUCCUACUAUUAUUUGUAAAUCUUGUGGUAUUGUAUGUUUUCUAGAGUCAUAUUUGGUGCCUGCUGGAACACUUCUGUAUCUUAAUAUUUACUCAGUCCAUAGAGAUCCCAAUUUUUGGCCAAAUCCGGAAGUGUUCGAUCCUGAUAGAUUUUUGCAUGAGAGGAUCCGAAAUCGUCAUCCUUAUUCGUAUAUACCAUUCAGUGCUGGACCACGAAAUUGCAUCGGCCAACGAUAUGCUAUGCUGGAAAUGAAGGCGAUGAUAGCUCCUCUGAUACAUAAUUUCUACUUGGAGCCCAUUGAUUAUUUAAAAAAUAUUCGCAUGAACGUUGAUUUGCUUCUUCGACCAUCUCAUCCACUUCGUGUGAAAUUUAUUCGUAAAGCGAAUGCAAGCUUUUAAAACACUGAUUUUAUGAAUAUUAUAGGUGGCAAAGGGAAAGCUCUAUAUUUGCAUACAAAACUAUUACCGAUAGCGUCAUAAUAGAAACUCUUUAUACACGUGUCAUAAUAUAUCAAAAUAAAAUAAAAAUAUUGUUACGCCCGUGCUCGGUUGCGACGUCCGGUGAAUGCGCGCCAGCCGCGGGCUGAAGUCGCGGCGGAUGGAAACGUCGGUCGUGAAGGACCGAUGUGCGAUUGACUAUUAUUGAUUAGAGGAUUUGUCUCUGAGCUCUUUGGAGAGAGAAGACGUGUUAUCGUUAUUGAAUAAAGUUUUGCUCGUUCAGUACAA